AUGGCAUGCGUAUCAGUACGUCCGUCAUGUGGUUCACUAAAACCCAUCCAGCUUUCGUGGGCAUCUUCUCUCCCGAAUCCCUCAAUCUCCUUCAGUUGCACCACGACCCCUCCUAAUCUCAUUCGCACACCCAACAAGGUUUCCUUUGUUCGAUCUGCAUGGACACGAAGAUCUCGAGGUGAGGCUGCAAAGAGACCUAGUAAGAAAUCAUGGGGUCAACGGACAGAUAUGUUUCUAAGGCCAUUUUUACUGGAUGUUUUCUUUUCAAAGCGAUUUAUCCAUGCCAAAGUGAUGCACCGGGGUACGAGCAAAGUAAUAUCUGCGGCAAGCACAAAUGCCAAUGAUUUGAGAUUUUCAUUGCAUUCGCUUACUGAUGACAAUGCUUGUCGAGUUAUAGGAAACCUGAUUGCAGAGAGGGCCAAGGAUGCUGAUGUAUUUGCAAUGUCUUUUGAGCCCAAAAAGAAUGAGAAGAUUGAGGGUAAGCUGGGACUUAUCCUUGAUACCAUUAAAGAGAACGGUAUCAUAUUUGUUUAGGAAAUGUCUACUAGUUUUAGGUCAUAUCUGUAUUAAUCUCUCGCUAUCUCUUAUGUAUACGUGUUCG